AUGCUGUUCCACUAUAUACUCCUUGCAACCCAUCUAUCUAUAUGUAUGACAUUUUCCAGCUAAGUGAACCCAACAUCGUCUACAAACUGAAAAAUAUCGAGUGCUCCACAGUGCCUGGAUUCUCCGCGAAUGCUUCGUGUCAUAUAAGAGCAAUAAAUUGGAACAAGGCGGUGGCUGAAAUGGAUGUUUAUCUGCUGAGGCCUUUGUACAAUAUAACAAUUCGAUUUCAGAUCCUCAAGAAGGACUACAGCAACAAGUUUCAGCCGUUCCUCGUAGACGUCGUGAUAAACAUGUGCGAUGCAUUAUCCAGGCGUAGCUUUAUACCAUAUGGCUUGAUCAUCCUGAAAAUUGCCAGGACGUUCUCGAACUUUAAUCACUCCUGUCCAUAUCGCGGCCAUUUGAUGGCACGCGGCGCCUACUUGAACGAAUCCUACUUGCCCAACGUUUUUCCCCUAGGUUUCUACAAAUUCAACAUUACGAUCAUGGAAAACUACAUAACUCCACCGAGCGCACAUGUUGGGGGUAUUAUCUGGUACGUUCAGGCCAUGCACGCAAUCCAGCCGAAAAAGAAAACCAACAGAGACCGGGGUUUUUCCGGGGGCCAACAAAGAGAGCAGAACUAA